CUGAUGCCAUAAUAUGGCUGCUGUUUCUAUGUAAGAGAUUAUCUUUGCAUAAGAGUAAGUGGUACCUAAAGAUUUUAAACAUUAAUCCCAAAGCGAAGUCAUACCUCGGACGCCUAGUCCUUCCUCGCCUGCCGUAGGAAACAAGACAAAAAUCGUGCGGACAUGGCGUAAACAGCUAGCCUGCUAGCCAUUUGAGGCUGCUUAUUACUACAACAAAAUGCUCUAUAACAAGUCACAUUUUGUGUGUCGAUAAAGGAGGAUGUGGCUAAAUAAUGGGAAACGUCUUUGGGAGAAAGAGCCGAUCCUCUCGUGUAACGGAGCAAGACAAAGCCAUUUUGCAACUAAAGCAGCAGAGAGAUAAACUGAAACAGUAUCAAAAGAGAAUCACCUUACUGCUGGAUAAGGAGAGACUUCUGGCUAAGCAGCUGUUAAAAGAUGGCAAGAAAGAAAAAGCACUUCUCCUGCUGAAGAAGAAACGCUACCAGGAUCAGCUACUACAGAAAACCGAGAGUCAGAUUUCAAACCUAGAACAUAUGGUUCAAGAUAUUGAGUUCAUGCAAAUCGAGGUGAAAGUCAUCGAGGGGCUUAAAAUUGGCAAUGAAUGCCUGAAAAAUAUGCACGAGAUCAUGUCAAUAGAAGAUGUGGAAAAAAUCCUAGAUGAGACCCAAGAAUCAAUUGAGUAUCAAAGGCACAUAGAUGAAAUGUUGGCUGGAGCCAUGACACAAGAGGAUGAAGAAGCAGUUUUAGCAGAAUUAGAAGCUAUCACUCAGGGAGAAGAUCUAGCACUGCCAGAGGUUCCUACUGAUCUUGUACCAGAGAUACCAGAAGCUGCUAAAGUUGAAACAGAGAGGAAAGAAGCAAGGAAGCAAGAGGACAGAGAGAUGCUGGCAGCCUAAGAGAAUUUCCGGUUGAUACCCAGCACUUAUCUGCAAAUAAAUCCCCUAUUAGUUUUGUAAGAAGGGGAGGAUUUGUAUCCAACAUAGACUUUUCAGACAGUCUACAGGAGCAUAAAGUGAAAUAUUGCAUUUCUGUCUGUUUAAUUUGGAGUUGUUUCAUAGUCACUGUGCUGAUUAAGGCAUGUAGAAAAAAUAGGAUUUUAGAUGUUUUAAAAUGACCAUAAAAUAAUAAUAAUAAUUAAAAAAAAACCGUUUUAGAAAAUAAACCAAGCUGUAAUAAAAUAAGAGUUCAGACUUUUUCCUAUCAAGUUGUAAAGCAUGCAUUUAUCCAGAAGAGGGCAUUGUUUGCUUUCUUUUCUGUGGUAAUACACUGACAAUAUAUUACGUCUCCAUUACAAUGUCAUCAGUACAUUGAACGUGUUUAUUGUCGAAAAAUAAAAAGCUUGCUGAAAGUGGGAGUUACUUGGGAGA